AUGGCUGACGAAGACUCACGGCCAACACAUUGGGCUGUUCUGAUCGGAGUAGGUCUCACCAUCUUGCGGACUAAGCCAGGCUCUCUGAGUUCCGGGAAGGACAGAUCACUGAAAGGCGUGGUCCAAGAUAUCAUCGCUAUCAGCGAAUAUCUCAAGGAGGGUUUAUCUACACUGCACCAAGAUGAAGCUGUUAUACCUAUCGAAACUCCGGGUCGCUUACCAAGCCCCGGCAAUGUAACUUUGAGCUUCAAAAGAAUUCUGGAUCUGGCCAAACCUGGAAAUCACGUUUAUAUCCAUUACUCUGGUCACGGAACCCGGCGUAACUUUGAUUGCGCCGUCGCCUUACGAGCCCACCCCCAAAAGCCGGGCUCGUUAGAGCUCAUCCACCCCAGCAGCUAUGCGACAGAAUACUUGUACGGCACCGUUUUACGAAAUGCCAUCAGCCAAAUGAUCCGAAUAAGAUUAAGUGUCACACUUGCAACAAACGUUGAGGUUCGGUACAUUGAGCACGACUCUGACAUUGACGCGGAGUCUGAGUAUACAGACCCUUUCGCUGAGACACUAAAUACUGAAGAGCGAGGUGGGGUGGUCAAUCUCGCACGGCUUCUGGGUCCUGAAGGGUACGCAAUCAUUGCUGCAUGUGGCCCUCAUGAGGUCGCUUCGGAACUAGAAUUUGAAAGUGGUGUCCGACGGGGCGCACUAAGCUAUUUUUUGGUUGAUACCCUCUCAACUCUGAGGAAAAGCGGAGUUAAAAUCUCAAAUCAGACGCACCAUCAGCAUCUCAGAGCGCAAUUCCACGUACGCCUUCCCGAACAGACCCCGAUGUUGUACGGAAACCGCGGUUUUUCCUUCUUCGGCGAUUUCACCGACCAUCCUCAUCUUUCAAUGGCCUCUAUGCAUCGAAGCUUAGAGGACGGUUCUCUUAUUCUCCAUGCUGAACAAGUUCAUGGAGUGCACAACGGUGACGAAUAUGCUCUAAGUCUCUUCGAGUCACCAGAGAACCCCCCGGCGAUGAAUUCCCAGCCUAUUAGAAGUAAACUUGUCACACUCGAUCCCAAUGACAUGGAAAAAAUCUGGAAAGGCUCAGUCUGGAAGGCAGCCUUAGUCACUUCCCUCUCUCCUCGCAAGAUUCAUAUACAGUUGAACUCUAAUGUCCCAGACAGGGACGGGCUUAUACAAGCAGCCCAGUCCUCCAACUUUCUAGUCCCCUCUAGAACUGAGGAGAUAAAUCAAGAUUUGGUAUUGGUGCUUGAAAAUCUGACUGAUCAUCCACUAUACCUGACACUCUUCAUCCUCACUGAAUUCUGGGAAGUCCACAACUUAGUGUCGGAAAGGGGUGAAGAUAUAUGUCUGCUUGUGCUCCCUAGAGUUGGUAGGGAAACUGGAAAAUUAGAGCUUCCCCUAGCAAUGUCGGUUCCAGAGGAGCUGCAAAGAAGGAGUCAGAAACAAACCGAGGACGUUGUCAAAAUUUUUAUUACAAGCCAGUCGUCUAUGUUCCCAGGACUCUUACUCCUUAAGCUUGGUCACGAUUCUCAACUUCGUGGUGAGCCGGAUCCGUUGCAAAAACUUCUUCAGGUGUUGAAUGGUGGCUCGUGGAGGGGCUGGAACGCCCACGGAUGUGAAUGGACAACUCGUAGCUACUUCAUACGGACUCAUAUCUAG